AUGGUGAUCGCAUUUCCGAUGUGGUGUCCGGCCGUGCUCUGGACACUAGCACUGGCGGUAACACAUUUGAACUCCGGACACGCCAUCGUUCGCAGUGAGCCUUUCCAGCUAGCGCUGGGAGCUAAUGGCGAUGUGACGGAAGUGUCUCCAGUGGACCUGUUUCCCUUUGCCGUUUCUCUUCAACUGAUCGAUGGCACGGCGCAGAGGAAGCACUUCUGUGGUGGCACCUACCUGAGUAAGGGUUGGAUACUGACCGCAGCCCACUGUGUGAUUUCAAUGUAAGUAUGCUACCUGGCAGGCAAUUACACACAAAUUGUGGCACAGAUCGGUGGUCUGGAUCUUAAUGACGACAGCACCGCCGAACGACACCCUGUCGUGGAGAUGCACAUUCUACGUACAUACAAUCCCAUAACGAUGGUCGGCGAUAUCGCACUCCUCCGCGUGGCAAUGGCCAAAGAGAUGGAGUAUACUGGCGACAAUCAUACCUGGCUACGGCUACCGCAGCGCACCGAUCGGACGGCAGUCAAUGGGGAGAUGUGCUACAUCUUCGGGUACGGGUCCGAAGCGUACGAUGGGCCGAUUAGUCAGAAGCUGCGUUAUGGCACCGUGUUGGCCCUCGAAGAGGACAAUUGUAUUGGAAUGAUGGGAGCAGUCGUAGCUCCGCCGCCCAACUCCGGAAUGUUCUGUGCGAUCGGACGUUCCGAUGCAUGCAAGGGCGAUUCGGGUGGAGGUUAUGUUUGCCGGGUGCCCUCCUCUUUCGGGCCGUUCGUGUUGCGCGGGGUCAUAUCGUACGGUGUGGGGUGUGGUGCAGUCGGCACACCCGGUGUUUACACCGACGUUGCUUACUAUCUACACCAUUUUCAACCGGAAAGCGUGUUUGCCGCUGCCUAAAAGGUUGGCCUUCCAAGCCUCUUAAUGGUACCGAAAU